AGCUGACGCCUGGCUGAGUCUGAGGACUGUCACACUAGAAGAGUUUCUAAAUCAUCGUCUGAGUCCUGCAGGAGGCCUGACGUGAGAAGCAGGACAGUCCGUGCGUGUUUCCAGGUGUGAUGUUUGUACCAGAGAGUUUCAGGUCUUCAGAUGAAAAUGGAUGAAGAUGCAGAAUCUCCACCCGCCUCCAGCUCCCCUCUGUCGUCUGUCAGCUCCACACAAACAUGGCUGCCGGCUGUGUCACCUGUGCGGCCUACCUGGAUGAACGGUUGCAAAGUGGAUCCUGGGAACCCUCACGUGGGGACGCAGUCGAGUCCUCCGUUCCCUUUCUUCGAGGAGCUCUUCUGCACCAGCCAGAGGUCCAACACUCUGGCCCCUCUGGCUGGCGCCCUCGUGACCUCCUCCGGGCCGCAGAGCGACGUGGUGAAACAGGGUUACCUGGGGAAGCUAGAGCGGAACCAAAGAAAAUAUUUUGUCUUGAGAGCAGGAAGUCACACCGGGCCGAGCCGUCUGGAGUGGUACCGGAACAAGGAGAGGUUCUCAGCGAUGGAGAAGUCCGCUGGUAAAGCUGGGCUGUUUAGAUCGAGCAAGCAAGGGGUGAUUUACCUGAGGUGCUGUCUUGGUGUGAGCCGGACUGGCAGCACCAGGAAAGGCCACACGGUGGCGCUGUAUGCCAAGGAUCAGACGAUGGUGCUGGCUGUGGAGGACCAGGAGGAACAAGAAGAGUGGUAUCUGGCCAUCAAGAAGCUGAUGGAGGAGGAGCGCAGAGAUGAGGAGCAUGGAGAAGGCUUUGAUGAAGAGGAUGAUGGGUACUGCACUCUGCCCCCUGCUGCUUUCUUCAAAGAGGUUUGGCCCGUCACCGUGAAGCCCAGAGAUCUGGGUUGUUCCAAGUCGCUGGCAGGGGAGAGCCGGCUCUGCCUCACAGCUUCAUCCCUCCUCUUGGUCAGAGUGGGAGUGUGCAGUGAUUUGCCUUCGGUGACGAUACCGUUGUUGAGCGUCCGUCGCUUUGGCCACUUGGACGGCUCGUUCUUCUUGGAGCUGGGCAGGUCGGCGCCCAACGGUCCUGGAGAGAUCUGGAUGGAAGCCAGAGACCAAGGAAACCCAGCAGUAGCCCAGCACAUUCAUGAGGUAGUUCGUGAUACAGUACGGGCGCUACGGGCUCUUCCUGACUUCAGCCGGUCGCCAACCUCCAACCCCAACCAGCUUCCAGUCCUUCUGGCCUCAAAGCGAUGCAGACCCAAAUACAGAGACAAAGUGGUGAACGUGAAACCGCUCGGUGCUCGUCUGGUCCCGCCGCCCAGAAACCCUGAUAGUCCAACCCAGUGUUACCCAGAGUCUCGCAGACCAGAUCCUGAAUCCACUCUGAGCCCUGUCAGAUCCCAUCAGAGCUCCACGUCUGAGACCAGCAGCUACAUGGAAAUGAAGACGGACCAUCAUCUCCCAGUGAACGAGCAGAGGGAAAACGACUGUUGGAUGAAGGUCUGGGAGCCAGGUGGUGAGGAGGAGGAGGAGGAAGAGGAAGAGGAGGAGGAGGAGGGCCGGGGGUACAUGAUGAUGUCACCACAGGUAAGCAGUUCAUCCGUGCUGCCUCAGGAUGACUAUGUGACCAUGGCGAGCCCGUGUAAACACGACUGGCCCGUCUUCUCUUCGCCUCAGACAUCCUUCAGCAGCAGCUCCACCUCUGAUGGCUACUCUCCUCAGCACCCAUCACAUCAUCAAGCCAACGAGUGCAGCCAGCCACACUGUCAGUCAGAAACAGAAGCUGACCAAUCACAGAUGAGCAUCAGCUGCUCCGCCCAGCCACAAGAUGACGCAGGACAGCAGCAGAACUCGGCCGAACACAGACGACUCCCAGCACCGAGCAGCACCACUCUGUCCCCUGUGAGCGGUGUCGAUGUGCUGAUGGGGACAGCUCCUUUUGUCCCAUGUGGUCCAGGCUACACCAGGCCGGUCCGGGCCAGUCCAGACUCUGGUUCAGGUCGGCCUGGUCGACUCCAAGCUGUGUCAGCCCGCUCUGUCAGAAGACACCGGCUGUCGUUGUAUCUGCCUUGUUGUCUGCAAGCUGAGGACAGAUAACAUGAACAGGAGCAGUUGAUUUCUCCUGUAAUUAAUUAAAUAUUUCAUUGUGACUGUUGCUGGAACAUGUGACAGAAACUUUCAUGUCUUCCAUUGAACACCUCGGUGUAUGUUUGAGAAAAAUAGUCUUUGUUGACAAUGUUCUUUUGUGUGGAUUGAAACGAGCCUUGUGUUAGUUUGGGUCUAAACCACACAGCACUUGAAGAUGCUCCGCUCUUCUCAGAAAAAGAUUUAAAAAAUAAAGUCACAUGAAUUCACAA